GGGUCAAUUCGUGAUGAAGUUCAUGAGACGAAUGUGGAGGUACACCGAGAAUUAAACGCCAUUGUCAUGAAUGGAGGAAAACAAAAGAAUAAUGACAAUGAUGAGGAAGGUGGUAGUAGCAAUCAUUAUAGCAUCGAAGAUAAAAAUGAGGAAGGUGGUAACAGUAAUAAUAAUAGCAUUGAAGAUAAAAAUAAGGAAGGUAGUAGGGAAGAAUAUGUAGAUGAAGACAAGAUAAUUAUACAUGACAUUCUUGAUUGUGGUAUAACAGCAACUCAGGCUGAACAAGAUAUUUUAAAAUUAUAUCACUCAAAUUUUGAUGAUUGUCCUGCCAUGGACCUUCAGCUAUAUUCAAAACUAUCCCUUUCAUUAGACCAAGAGUUGCAAGAUAAUAUUUUACAUGAAGUUUUUGAUGAAAUAGACAAUGACUAUAUAACAAAUGAAAUCCACAGUUUCCUCACUGACUUUUUUAAUGCUGAUCAUGGCAAACAAGGAUGGUGCGAAUCAGUUCGGAGAAUAGUCAUUAAUGAAAAGGAUUCAGAAUUACUGCAAUGUGCAAAAGAGUUGCUUAAAGGAACACUGGGGCAGUUUGUAAAGGCCUUUUCCUUGGAUGCAUUGAAUCCCUUAAGAGAUGUUAUGAUAUUAGAAAGACCACAUCUUAAUCAAUUCAUACACCUGCUAAUUGACAAUGUAUUAAUUAAUCACAUUUGUGGUGAAAUUUCUUUGCAAGGAAAAGCAAAAGUCAUGGCAGAUGGUGUUGGAUACCUUAAUGAU